UAUAAUCUGCGGAGGAUGAAGAGGUCCCGUCAAGUUGCGUCGCGUCGAGUGGCGUCACGUCGCGUCAAGUGGUUUCUUGAAGCAACUCAAGCAAGCACCCGGCUAUGGCUAUGGCUAUGGCCACCUCACCCACAGCACGACGACGACGACGACGACGACGAGCAGGACUUGGCGGGCGUUGCGAUGGCCAGAAUCACCUCCAUUUCCCUGCUGCUCCCUCUUGCAAUCCUCAGCUCAUUCCUCUUGGUGGCGACAUGGUUUCUCUUUUCUCCUGCGUCUGCAGGACAGUUGAGGAGCCAGCGGGGACUGCGCAGUGUAGAGAUAUUGUGGGAUCUGCAACGCCAAUUGAGUCAAUGUGUGGCUGCAAAUGGGUUGGGUUUACGAGCUGAAGUGAAGAAUCACUGCCAAACUGUGUUGAAAUUUCCGAAAGAAACUAACAGCACAUGGUUCAACAGACAGUUCAAGGUGUACGAGCCCCUGGAAUACUUGUUUAAUGUUUGCGACACACUUUUACUUUGGGAACAGUUCCGCAACAUGACUACCAUAUUGACCAGAGAAUACCUCGAUGCACGCCCCAAUGGCUGGCUGGAGUACGCCCCGACCCGAAUUUCGCAAUUUGCUGUUGACAGAUGCCACAACAAGAGCUCAUGCGAAGAUGAAUUGCAGCUUGUUUUGCCUAAUAAGCCUCCCUUCAAACCUCGGCAAUUCGCAACUUGUGCAGUUGUGGGAAACUCUGGCGAUCUGCUUCUAGCAAAAUUUGGAUCUGAAAUAGAUGCACAUGAAGUAGUACUCCGAGAUAAUGAGGCCCCCGUAAACAAGACCUAUGAUAAACAUGUGGGUCGAAAGCGAACUUUUCGUCUGAUUGGAGAGGGCGUAGCACGUAACUUACGAGAAGUUGUGAAGGGAAAUACAGAAGAAGUGGUAAUAAUCAAAAGCAAGAUACAUAGGGACUUCAAUGCCAUGAUCAAGGAAAUCCCAAAUCCCGUUUAUCUUUUCCAAGGUGUAGAAUUCCGACGAGGUGCGAAGGGCACAGGAAUAAAGUCUAUAGAGCUGGCCGUCUCUAUGUGCGAUGUAGUGGACAUCUACGGUUUCACCGUCGACCCGGGUUAUGCAGACUGGACCAGAUACUUCUCCGCGCCUCGUAGAGGACAUAAUCCUCUACAAGGACGAGCUUACUAUCAGCUCCUAGAAUGCCUUGGUAUUUUGAAAAUUCAUUCACCGAUGCGAGAGAAAAGCAAACAGAAUUGUUCUGUCAUUCCAAGUCGAGAAGCGCUGUCGGCGGCCCGAGUAGCUGCCUUCCAACUGAAAAGAAUUCGACAGAGUGAUGAGCCGGGUCCUUUCAGUGCCUGUGGUGUGUGGGCUGCUGCAACUAAAACCGAGCCUUUCACUGGUGCAUCAGAUAUGAGCACCAUCAGAAGAACCUCCAACUACAAGAAGUGGGAGCUGCUUCGCAUUACUGAUCUGCGAAACCAAGCUCAGAAGUAUCAAAUCGAUGUAGGUGGUGUCUCGUUCUACAAGAUUGAUGGUAACAAGCUGGAUAGCUUGUUGUGCGUGAGACACUAAGUAGCAUGCUUUCCGCACAGCUGCUCAAAGUCACAACCAAUUUAAACCAAGACCACUCGGCUGAAUAUGUCACAUCUAACUCAAAACAAUUACUCUUGCUCAGCUUGUGACUUAAUGCCCACAGUGUUUCUGUAAAAGAAGCUCCACACAAUGUUUGUUGGCAUUAGAAUACUUCAUAAUCGUACAAAUGUACACGCUCUGGAAUCUACUCGUCGAUAGCUAAAUUUCAGCCUCUACUGUCAUGCGAA